AUAUUUAUUAAGAGAAUCUUCCUAAUUUUCUAAUUAUGGUUUUGCCAAUUUCGAUUGAAAUUCAUUAUUAUAUCAAAGAGUUGGACUUUUAUUGGAUUUCAUAUUAUAAAUAAUGAGAAGGAGCCCAAAGAAUAACUCAAUAAUGGACGACAAUGAAGUAGAGAAUUUGAGAGCAGCUUUUGGAGAUUCGUCCGAUGACGACGAUGUCGUAGAUCAAGCAAUCGGAGAUACGACGGUGUGGGAGCGAGUGGAGGAGAUCAAUGGUUUAUGGCUCUGUAGAAACUUUCUCUCUUCCGCUCACCAGUCUGUUUUGCUCUCCGCCAUUCUCAGCGAAGGUUGGUUCGUUGAAGAUUCAAUUAACCAGGCGAUGAGAUUUGGUGAUCUCCCUUCAUGGGCAAUCGAACUAUCUGAUCUCAUCCGUGAGACUGUGGAAUCUGUUGAUCUUCGAGUGUUGCCUUCUGAUUUGCUGUGGAGAGAACCUCUUUUCGACCAGCUUAUUGUUAAUUUAUACCAACCAGGUGAGGGGAUUUGUGCACAUGUUGAUCUGCUGCGUUUUGAAGAUGGAAUUGCCAUUCUCUCUCUGGAAUCACCUUGCGUGAUGCGGUUCAGUCCCGCAGAAAAGGAAGAAGAAGAAGAUGAAUACGUAGAUGUUUUGUUGAACCCGGGAUCUCUUAUUCUCAUGUCUGGAGAAGCUCGGUAUCAAUGGAAACACGAGAUCAAUCGAAAGCAGAAUGGGUUUCAGGUAUGGCAAGGAGAAGAAAUUGAUCAGAAACGAAGAAUCUCCAUUACCUUGAGAAAGCUAUGUCAAGCUUAAGGGUGUGUGAAGCUACUUUAAAUUCAUUCAUUAUCUAGAGGACAUUGAUUUGUAACUUUGAUUAGUUCAUAAGAACUAUAAUGUUUAUACUAGUUGUUAAUCCUCAUAUCUUACAUUGAUUAAGUAUUUUAUUGUUAUCAA